AUGGCCCCUGCUCACUCUUUGCCAAUGCCAGUUCCCAAGCCCAGCCCUGUUUCUUUGCAUGUCAUCAGAGCUCCUCGGCUUGUUAACAAGCUCAGUGGGCCAGUUGUUAAGCACUUUGGGGACGCCGAAUGUGGGACUAAUAAAUCCAGAAUUCAUUGUCAUGUGCAAGACUCUGGUGCCAUCCUCUGCUUCCCUCCCCCAGGUGUGCUAGAAGAUGGACUGUCUUCCAAUGGUGUGCCCCGGUCUGCAGCCCCAGGUGGGAUAUCCAACCCAGAGAAGAUGAGCUGUGGGACCCAGUGCCCGAAUCCUCAGAGCCUCAGCUCAGGCUCUCUGACCCAGAAACAGAAUGGCCUUCGGACCACAGAGGCUAAAAGAGAUGCUAAGCGAAUGUCAGCAAAAGAAGUCACUAUUAACGUUAUAGACAGCAUUCGGCAGGCGGACAGAAGUCGAAGAAUCACAAAGAACUGCGUCAAUUAGCAGAGUGUUUAACUAGAAGGGCAGAUGGACUUCUUUGGUGCCCGUCACAUACUGGAUCCCACCACGGAACUGUGAAGAAGUGGGUGUCCCUCGCUGAGCAGCUCCAACGCUGCUGAGUGCCUUGAGAGACUCUGACCUGGCAGUCGACGGCUGCCUGAGCUGUUGGGACAUUCUCAGCCUCCUAUUUUUCACGUAAAUGUAUUGGCACAGCGCUCACAUAUGGAAAUAAACUGCAGAUGUGCAGUUUGAUUUGCCUCUCUGCAACUCCUUCAGUUUAGUCUGAUGUAAAAGUGGUAAGCUCAAGCCACAGGCCAGUUGAUGAAACAAAAUAGAAGGGGCGGAUUCCCAGGGUAGAGUCGCGCGCCCACUCCACCCUCUCCCGGCCACAGCAGUGCACACUGUUUCAGGCAAGCUUAUUCUUUGGUUCAUUUUUUUUUUUAAUUCCACCAUCAUGAAGCUUACGGUGUUCACUUAAAAGUUGGCUGUCACCCAACUCUCUAGCCAGAUAUAUGAGAAAUCAAGAAACAGGAAACUCCCUGUUAUUCUUAUUGAGCUUGGUCUGAGGCAGGUGCAGAUCUAAUUUCACACAAACUCACCCCACCAACACCCACAGCGUGUCCUUGGGAGAUGGUCUCUAUGAUGCAGUCACACCCAUUUCUCAUCUGCCUGCAGCGUCCCCCCAUGCUGGUGUCCCCGUCGGCCUCUGAACCAUAAUAUCGCUGUCAGCUCAAUGCAUCUAACCAAGGAUGCCCCUCGAGGCUCAACCAGAUACUGCGUUUUUCAUGGCUUUCCAGUUCCUUUUGCUUGUGUUCUUCAGUGCUUUUUCUCUUCAGUCGGGUCAUUUGCAGUCGUUCAUCAAAGACUGGACACUGCUUACAAGAGGGAGAAAAUCCAGAACGUGUUGGCGGGUGGGACGCAGCGCCUCCCUUACCCUCUCUGUGCACAGCCCGAGGGCUGUGUCAUUUCUGUAUCUGCAAAGGGAUCACUUUAAAAAGCCAGUGCCCGGUGGGUGUGCAGGUGUGCAUUCACAUCAACAUUAGAUUGACAUGCACUGUGUUAGAAAACAGGUAGCCGAUGCGGCAAAAAAUGUCGUUAGGAAUAAAAUUUUCUAGCAUUUCUUUAAACAUGUUAAGGUGGAAGUGUUUUCCUCCAAGUACUGUAGCAUGAUUUGUAAAGGACUGUUAACAUGCCUGGGUUUGGGAAAGGUAAGGCUAAAGUUGUACCGAACGAUACCAAUAAACUCCAUGUUUAGCAGAAAUAGGCAGCCUGAUGGUGUGUGCUUAUGUAACAUGGUCUGGAGAAUUGAUAUCAGCAGGUUACAAUUCGGGUACUCUGCCUCCUUACCUGCCAAAUCUGUUAUUUCUCAAACACAAACAGGCAGUGUCCCUCCCUCUGUCCCUCCCUCCCUUGCUUCCUAACUUUCUUCAGCAGAUUGUAUAUUUAUUCAUUAAACUUUAAUUGUCA